GUUUUUGUUAUAUUAUUUAAUUAAACAAAGAAGUGAAUAACUGAAAAGAAUUCCGGCACAAGAACGCUGAACGAAAAGAAAACCCACUCAUCUCAAAUUUGCAACACACACACACACACUGCAGAUAACAAAGAUUUUGCUGGCUUGAUGGCAUCAAAGUUGCAGCAGUUGCAGUCCAAAGCAUGUGAAGCAUCAAAAUUUGUUGCCAAACAUGGAACUACAUACUACAGACAAUUGUUGGAGCAGAACAAGCAGUACAUCCAGGAACCACCUACAGUGGAGAAAUGCAACGAGUUGGCGAAGCAAUUGUUUUACACCCGCCUUGCUAGUAUUCCUGGUCGCAAUGAAUCCUUCUGGAAAGAGCUUGAUUACGUCAAGAAUCUAUGGAAGAACAAGCAAGAGCUAAAGGUGGAAAAUGUAGGUAUUGCUGCUUUGUUUGGCCUGGAAUGCUUUGCCUGGUAUUGGGCUGGUGAGAUCGUUGGUAGGGGAUUCACUUUCACUGGUUAUUAUGUCUGAAAAUAACAACCUCGAAGCGUUUGUUUUAGCAAGGGGGUUUUAUACUCCUAAGCAGUUGCUCUGGUCAUUUAUACAUUGCGUGGAUUAUGGGGCAUUCAUUCUACAACCCAAUUUUUGUUAUUUUGGAUUUUUGUUUCUGAAAAAGCUGAGAAACUAGCGGCUAACUUUGAUAAGCCUCAAUAACCCCCUUGUAUUUGAAUCGGGACGAACCAUGCUUUGUUCUCAAUCUCAUAUCAUGUUAAAGUUAGUGGUACACAAGAAUGAUGACGCUAUCAGUCUAUUACAAGUUUUCGUUUUCCUCUAAAUGAUUUAGAUAACUCCCCAGUUUCACCUGAAAUGAAGUUAGUUUGUCCA